AUGAGAGGUAUACUCCCCGGACCCGUCCUGGUCGCCGGGGACUUUAAUGCUAAGGGAGCAUUAUGGGGUUCCCGGCGGCCAGACGCGAAGGGUUUAGAGGUGUUGAAUUGGGCGGCGCGCCUGGGUCUACACCUACUGAACCGAGGUGCAAUGAGCACCUGUGUAAGGCCGCAGGGGGAGUCUAUUGUCGAUCUGACAUGGGCUUCCCCUGCGGUGGCGGGUAACGUCAUCUCAUGGAGAGUGAUCGAAGAAACAGAUAUCCUCUCUGAUCACCUCCCGAUCGAAGUGGAGAUAGGUCUACAGCUGCGAGGCAGAGACGGCCCGGAAGUCCGCCCGAAAAGAUGGACCGUGUCCAAAUUUGAUCCGGAUAGGCUAGUAGCCUCCUUGGCUGCGGAUACAUGGCUGCCAAGCCCCCAAGAAAGAGGGAUAGAAGAGCAGGCGAAGUGGCUCCGGGAGGUGAUGGAGCGGGCGUGCGAUAACAGCAUCCCAGGUCCACCUUUACGCCGCGUAAAGCGGCGUACUGGUGGAGCGAGGACAUCGCUGUGCUCCGAAGAGAAGCAGUCCAAGCGAGGCGUAAGGUGCAGAGAGCCAGAAGGAGAGCCGCCGGACAAGGGGAGAUCGACUUGGCUUGCUGGAGGAGUCCAGAUCGAAGAGGCACGCUCUGAAGGUGGCGAUUAG